AUCAUGGGAGACAUGGAGGAAGGUGCAAAUGUUCAACGACAACCUCUAUUGAGAGGACCAAACUAUAACUUUUGGAAAGGACGUAUGAGAGCGUUCUUGAAAUCACAAGGUGGUAGAGUAUGGAGAAUCAUAGAGACUGGAUGGACAGAGCCAACAGAAACAAAUGCAGAAGGUGUGAAAGUAAUCAAAACUUUCGAAAAAUACUCAAAGGAGGAAGCUCAAGCUGCUGAAUGCAACGACAGAGCCCUAAAUGCUUUAUUUGGGGCUGUUGACAGUUCACAAUAUAGACUCAUCUCAAACUGCACUGAGGCCAAGAAAGCUUGGGAGAGUCUUGAAACUACUCAUGAAGGAGAUGAGAGAGUGAAGACAGCAAAAAUCCAGAUUCUCAUGACCAAAUAUGAGAGCUUGCGCAUGGAUGAAAAAGAAAGGAUAACUGAUUUUCAUGGAAGAGUAAGGGAGCUGGCUAAUGAAGCUGAAAAUCUGAAGCGGCCCUUUACUGAAGACAGUUUAGUUUUGAAGGUGCUGAGAGCUCUACCAGAAUCCUAUGCUAUGGAUGCCAAAGCAAUUCGUCAGGCACAUGACAUCAAGAAUAUGACUCUGGAUCAACUCAUGGGGAAUCUAGAGACUAUCGAGUUGCAGAUGAAUGAAGAGCUCAAACGGAAAAAGAAUGAGAAGCCAAUUGCUUUUCACAGCCUGGCUGAUGAGGAUGACAAUGAAGAUGAUAUAGCCCAAGACAAGGACUUUCAGGAGCAACUGUCACUCUUCACUAGACAGUUCAAAAAGCAAUGGAUACAGAAGAGAGGGAAGAACAACUUCCAAGGUGAAUCAUCCAAAGGAAUACAAUUCAGAAAUACACGACCAAGGGAGUACGAAGAACAAAACACUGAGGAUGCUGCUGAACAACUCACAGUACUACAAGAAAAGUGGACAGAACUUCUUCUCGUCCAUAGGAAGAACAUCUUAGAAAAGAAUCAACUGGCUGUGGAAGUUGAGGAUCUCCGAAAGAAAAUGGAUAAAGUCAACCAGCAGCUGAUUCAAACUGAAGGAGAAAAGUCUGAUCUGAAAUAUGAACUCACUCAACUUAAAAGCUAUCAAAGGUGGAUGAAGAGUGCAGGUGCUGAAAAGAUCGAGGAGAUGGUGAGCUCAUCAAAAUUCUAUGGGGAUAGAUCUGGAAUUGGGCACACAUCAUCUGAAGGCAGCAAAACACCACUGGAUCUGUUCACCAGAGAAACAAGGAACAUCACCAAACAACUAGACACAAAGGAGCUGCCAGAAUGCAACCUGAGCAAGGGCAAAGAUAAAGUGUUUCAGCGUCCAGACUGUCAUCAAAAUCCUCUGCAUGCAGAAUCUCACGAAGCACAACUUGAUGAAGCACCUCUCAAACCAGAUCUGCCAACCGUGUUCUAUUUGGAAUACAAGGCAGACGCGUUAUCUCAAAGGAUGCAAUCUACUUCAGAUGAAAUUGGCAAAGCAAAUGAGAAAGACCGUUCAAAUUUCAAGCAACAGGAUGAGCCAUGCAAAGCCACAGCAAGUGAACCAUGCCAAACUGAAUUCGGUGGAGAUGAUGAGGAGUUUCUGAAUCUACUAGAAGAAGAACCCUUGAUGGCUGUCUUUGAAGUCCCAUUUCAAUCACAAGUCAGUACCCCACAGAAUCAGAAGUCAACAUCUAAGCCUUCAAUCUCCAAUCCAGUUCGCUGGUCCAAACGCAAACUGGAAUCUGAGAUCAAAACUCCGGAGGCACCGUCACCUCUUUCCAAAAAGGCCAAGAGCAGUGCCAAAAAGUCUGUCUCCAACUCCAAGACACCCCAGACAAGGACAAAGAAACAACAGAACAUUCUCUCAGGGAAGUCCUCGAAUACUAUUUUCAUCUCCUCUAAUGCAAAAUCCUUUAUGAGUCUGAUUAAGAAGAAGCACAUCAUUUCCCAACGGAAUAUUGAUGUUGAUGAUUUUACACUGAAGACAAAUCUCAUACCUCUCUUGAAAGCAAGGAAGUUGCUGAGAUCUGUAACACUCCCUGGGUCCUAUGUUAAACAAGUAGUGCAUGAAUUCUACUGCAACUUAAAUGAAAGCUUUAUUCACUCCACUGAUGAGAACUUUGAGAAAGUAUUUGUGCGAGGGAAGUACUAUGAUUUCUCUCCUGCUGCAGUUAAUAAAUUCUUGGGUGUGAAUGAUGAACUAGAUGUACAAAUUGGGGAAGCUACAAUGUGGAAGGAACUGACACAUGGUGCCAGGAACAGCCAACAAUCCACAAACAAAGUUCCUUCAUCCAUUCUCAACAGCUCUUACUCAAUUCUCUUGCGUGUUGCAGCAUGUCACUGGCUUGCAACCACUCAUACAAACACUGUCACCAAGGCCAUGGGAAUGCUUCUCUACAAAUUCAAAAAUGGUGUCCCAAUCAACCUGGGAAAGCUGAUUGUGUCCCAGAUUGCUGAGUUUGGAAAACGAAACUACAAGCAAAAUGACAAUGGUCUGCCUUUUCCUGUUCUAAUCUUUCAGAUGCUUCUUUCUCAGGGAUUUGUCAAAGUUGCUGCUGACAAGGAGGAGCCACCAGAGCCACUACUGCAUAUUGACUACAGGCAUUUUGAAGGAAACCAUUUCAAUGACAUGGAGUCCACUCAAAGCUGUGCUCAGCAAGGAGUGUCAGCUGUGAUACAAUAUCUGGAUGACAAGCUUGAAGCAAACAGGGAAGAGAUGAGGAUGACACUGGCCAAACAGUCAGCACUUGAGGAGGAACACAAGCAUCUCACCUGGCUUAGAGAAGUUGUGACUGACAGUGCUGCAACAACAGAGGGAGAAUCUGCUCAGGGGGAGAGCUCUCAGGAAGAGGAGGAGGAGGAGGAUGAACUAUCAGCAUAAGUGUUUCAUCUUCAUUACUCAUUUGCAUCUCAGAACUUGACAUUAUUUUGGUGGGGUUGUUCUGCCCUGGUUUCUGGUUUUAA